CAGCUCUGAAGGACACGUGGGUCACGGUUUACAGACACAAGCCGGUCUGGCCCUGCUCUGGACAAAUCCUGCGAGAAGCCAUCCUCAGCACUGCUCAACGUUGGAACACCACACCUGUGCCCAUCUGCACCCAGUUUCAGGAACUUAACCUACAGUUGACCACAGGAAUAGAGAGAGGUGCCAGUAUCGACAGACAACCAUCAGAGUAAGGCCUGUGCGAUGGCAGAGGCUCACCAAGCGGUGGGCUUUCAGUUCACUGUCGGCACAGAAGGGAUCGACCUUCACCUGAGUCGGGAGGUUUUGAAGCACAUUUACCUGUCUGGAGUGACGUCAUGGAAGAAGCGGGUAAUUCGGUUCAAGAACGGCAUCCUAACUGGAGUUUACCCUGCAAGUCCGUCGAGUUGGCUGGUUGUUGUCGUGGCAAUAAUGAGCACCAUGUAUGCCAGGAUAGACCCCUCUAUGGGAAUGAUUGACAGCAUCAAAAAAACACUGCCCGUAAGUGACUAUUUGACGGUACACACAAAAACUCUCCUGAGCGUCAUUCUGUUUGCCACGGGCCUCUGGCUGUCAAUCAUCUUGAUCCUACGCCACACCCUCAAAUUGCUGCUGUCCUACCACGGCUGGAUGUUUGAGCCUCACGGCAGACCCAGCUGCACCACCUGGCUCUGGAUGGGCCUCGUGAAGCUGUUCUCCGGACGGAAGCCUCUGCUCUACAGUUUCCAGUCCUCUUUGCCCCGGCUGCCCGUCCCCAGUGUGAGAGACACCAUUACAAGGUACCUGGAGUCAGUGCGCCCUCUGCUGGACGAUGAGCAGUACUACCAGAUGGAAAUUGUGGCAAAUGAGUUCAAAAAGUACCCAGCACCGAGGCUGCAGAGAUACCUGGUUCUCAAGUCCUGGUGGGCCACAAAUUAUGUGAGUGACUGGUGGGAAGAAUACAUUUAUCUCCGGAGCAGGAGCCCCAUCAUGGUGAACAGUAACUUCUAUGUGAUGGACCUGCUGUACGUCACCCCCACGCAUCGCCAGGCCGCCAGAGCGGGGAACGCCGUUCACGCCCUGCUGCAGUACCGGCGCAGGCUGGAGCGCGGAGAGCUGGCCCCACUGCGAGCUCAGGCCACCGUGCCCAUGUGCUCCUACCAGAUGGAGAGAAUGUUCAACACCACCAGGGUCCCCGGCUUCGAGACAGACUUCGUGCAGCACCUGAAGGACCGUAAGCACCUGGUGGUGUACCACAAAGGCCGCUUCUUCCGCCUGUGGCUGUACUACGGCGGCCGACACCUGUGGCCCCGCGAGCUGGAGGCGCAGUUCCAGAAGAUUCUGGACGACCCCAGCGAGCCCCAGCCCGGGGAGCUGAAGCUGGCCGCGCUGACCGCGGGAGACAGAGUUCCCUGGGCGAAGGCGCGGCAGCAGUACUUCGGUCAGGGCGUGAACAGGUCUUCGCUGGAGGCCAUCGAGACGGCCGCCUUCUUCCUCACCUUGGACGACGAGGCGCACGGAUACGACGCCGAGAAGCUCCGGUCCCUCGACCUGUACGCCAAGUCCCUGCUCCACGGGAAAUGCUACGACAGGUGGUUUGACAAGUCAUUUACCCUGAUAGCCUAUCAGAACGGGAAGCUGGGUCUGAACGCAGAGCACUCCUGGGCCGAUGCCCCCAUCGUGGGCCACAUGUGGGAGUAUGUCCUGGCAACCGACUGCUUCCAGCUGGGCUACACGGAGGACGGGCACAGCAACGGGGAGAUCAGUAAAGACCUGCCAGCCCCCAUUAAACUGCAGUGGGACAUUCCUUCAGAGUGCCAAGACAUUAUCGAGAGCUCUUACGCUCUGGCCAAAGAGAUCGCGGACGACGUGGACUUCCACGGCUGCCUGUUUGACGAUUUCGGGAAAGGCCUGAUUAAGAAAUGCCGGACCAGUCCCGACGCCUUCAUCCAGCUAGCUCUGCAGCUGGCACACUUCCGGGACAAGGGAGAGUUCUGCCUGACGUACGAAGCGUCGAUGACCCGGAUUUUCAAAGAGGGCAGGACAGAGACGGUGCGCUCCUGCACCUGCGAAUCCACAGCCUUCGUCAGGGCCAUGCAGGACCCUUUCACCCCGAAGGAGAAGAGGCUGGAGCUGUUCCGCUGCGCCGCGGAGAAGCACCAGCACAUGUACCGCCUGGCGAUGACGGGCUCCGGCAUCGACAGACACCUCUUCUGCCUCUACAUCGUGUCCAAGUAUCUGGACAUCGACUCGCCGUUCCUCAAGCAGGUUCUGUCCGAGCCGUGGAGGCUCUCCACCAGCCAGACGCCCCAGCAGCAGCUCAGCUUGGUGGACCUCCAGAGGUUUCCUCAGUACGUCAGUGCUGGCGGAGGGUUUGGACCGGUGGCAGAUGACGGAUACGGCGUCUCUUACAUCAUUGUUGGGGAAGACCUCAUCACGUUCCACAUCUCCAGCAAGUUCUCCAGCCCAGAGACGGACUCCUAUCGUUUCGGGCAGAACAUCCGACAGGCCAUGCUGGACAUCAGAGCGCUGUUUACCAGAGAAAACAAGAUGCAUAAACUUUAAACUUCGACAUUGCCACCUCUUCGGGAUAUUCAUACUGGGGUAAACUGUAAAAACAAUGUAGUGUAUUAUUCUGUAAACACUGCAUUAGCGUACCCGUUUGAAACUAGAAUCACCUUUACUUCAGUACUGUGUUCAGCCGGCUGCAUUUAGGAAUACUGGUUAUAAAAGUUUUUUAAUUAUAUUUAAGAAAUUUAGACUAAGGUGUAUGUUAUUUUGACAGUUCUUGUUCUAUAUGUUUGUUGUAAAUAUCACCACAUAUUUAAUGUUAUUUCCAAAGCGUUGAAACUGUUAAUAUAAAAUCCAAGGGAAAAUAAAGUGAU